AUGUCGACACUCGCAGAUUCGUUUCUUGAGGACCUGGACGAGCUUAGUGGGGGGAGCAGCGAAGAGAAUGAGAUACAAGCAACCUAUACUGACCUUGAUACCACUCUCCAUGAUAUCGAGGAGCAUGAUGAAGGCAAUGUCGACGAACAGAUGCCUAAAGCUCAUAGCGCCUCUGAGCCUCGACCAGAGGACUCGGAAUCUGGUACGAAAAAGGCGGAUGAUUUGAUAAAGUCAAAUAACAAGCAUCGCAGCGUCGCGGCUGUUCUGACACUUAAAUAUUCGCCCAAGUACCUUUCGCACGUUGAGAAGAUUCAGCAAUACGUGGACGUGGAUGACGAAUCUGCUGCUAGCAUUUCCAAACCUCGACCACUUGAGGAAGGCAGCCCGGAGUAUGAUCUAGUGGUGACGUCAAAUGACCUAAUGGUGCAAAUCGACGACGAAAUUGAGGUCGUGCACCGCUUUAUUGCCGACAUCUACGCGGCCAAGUUUCCAGAGCUCGACUCACUUGUACCUAACGCUUUGGACUAUGCUCGCGUUGUUAAAGCUGUUGGCAAUGAGAUGGAUUUGACGCUCGUGGAAGAGCUGCCCAAAAUCUUACCAAGCUCAGCAGUGAUCGGAAUCUCCGUGACGGGUUCAGGCACCAGUGGCAAACCGCUGGAUCCAUUAGCAUUGAAAGUCUGUAUGGAAGCAUGUGAUGAGUUGCUGUCGCUGGAAAAUGAUAAAAAUAUGAUUUUGCGCUUUGUAGAAAGCCGAAUGAAAUACUUGGCGCCUAACCUUUCGCAGCUCGUGGGUACACGGAUAGCUGCACAACUUAUUGGACUUGCUGGCGGGGUGGCACAAUUAGCACGGAUCCCUUCGUGUAAUUUGCAGGUUUUGGGACAAGAAAAGAAAGUUUUAAGUGGAUUUUCAUCCGCGGCGGCACUCAAGCAUACAGGUAUUUUAUUCUUUAGUGACCUCGUCCAAAGUGUGCCGCCGUAUUUGCGAAUGAAGGCGUGCAGAGCGGUUGCUGGUAAAUUAGCGCUGAUGGCGCGUGUGGAUAGCCAGCCGCAUCAAAAUGACACAGAAGGACUUGUCGGUGCACGCUUCCGUACUGAGCUUGUAGAAAAGAUGGACAAAUGGCAGGAACCUCAAAAGGCCAAGUCGAAAAAGGCUCUGCCUGUUCCAGAUGAAAAACCACGUCGCAAACGUGGUGGCAAACGCUAUCGCAAGAUGAAAGAGCGGCUGCAGAUGACAGAUGUGCGACGUGAAUUGAAUCGGCAGUCGUUUGCCACUGCUGACGAAGAGUAUGGAGAUAACGCGAUGGGAAUCACUUCUGGACGGCUUGGUCAGGAAGGAUCGGGAAAGCUACGUAUUUUGCGCAAGGAACAGAAGCAGUCAAGUAAGAAGCUUCGCGCUGCUAAUUUCGCCGCGUCUUCUGCUAGCAAGCCACCUCUUUCUGGACUAGCAUCUAGUCUCGCCUUUACGCCCGUUCAGGGCAUUGAGCUCAUGAAUCCUGAAGUUGCUAAGGCUCGCGUAGCCAGGGCAAAUAACAAAUACUUUUCCGCAGCAAGUGGGUUCGUCAGUGUAGUCAAGAAAUCAUAA